CCCAUUUGCUACUCUAUCCUGCUGCUUCAAACACUUUCGGUUUCGUUCGGUUUUCGAUUUCUUCUCGUAUUUUUCUGCACCUUUUUAUUCAAACCAAAAGCAGUGUAUCUCUUCAUUAAAAUAACAAAUAAUGACACUUUAAUCAAUAAUAAAAUAAAAUUAUUAAAAAUAUAUAAAAGAUAAUUAUGCAUUAAAAUGUGAUGUUGUUAUGUGUGUUGGCUGGCUAUUUCAAAGAGGAAAUGUAAUUUUCAAGAUAGUCCUUGUUGACGAGUUAAUGCAAAAUCGAUCAAGAUUUGAGUUGCUAUUGCACGAAUAUUCUGCCAGUAGAAAACUAUAGAAUAUAAGGUUGCCUGUGUAUAUCAUAGAUUAAAAGUUCAAAUAGACAAAUAUGAAUAUCCACGUGUGCCGGGUUGUGAUGUAACACGAGAUUUGCGGAUGACGUCGAGCAAUGGUAAUGGACAGUGAGAUGUUUCGAGGAUGAUGAGCAACCUUAGAAUCACUUCGAGUCAAACGUGUGAUUGAUACGGAAAUUUAUUUUUAAAACCUUUUCAAAAAUUAUUAAACAAGUAUUAGAAAAUGUCAAAAAUUCUCAAAUUUGUUGGCAUUAUUUUUUUUUUCAGAAUUAUCAGGAUAGGAUGUUCUCAAGAUUGUUUGGAUACAGGAUGGGAAAAAAUUAUCAACAUGAAACCAGAAAGUAUUAACAAUAAGUCAACGUUAUUUGUUGGUGCGAAUUCUCAAGGACUUGUAAAUACAUGCUUUGAAAGAUGUAAAAAAACUAAUUGUAAAGCAUUUCUUAUUGACGUGAGCAAAAGUGUAUGUUUAAGUGUCCAAUCAGAUGGUGAUGAUUUUGUUCCGGAACCCAAUGUCACUUUUUAUCACAAAAUUUGUAUAAAAGUUCCAUCAGCAUGUAAAAAAAUGACACUGUGGCAAGUGGAUCGAACGAUAGGAGCAAUUUUUAUUGAUACAAGCACUGAUUGGCAGCCAAAGUUAAUGACUAGGCGAGAAUGCUAUGAAAAAUGUUUUCGAAAAGGAGAACAGUGUAAAUCAGCCCAGUUUCGAACUAGUCGUGAUCUCACAAUAGGAGAUACAGUAGGAAAAUGUGCUCUUUCAAAAUAUGAAAGAGGAAUAAGACCUCAAGCUUAUCGAGCUUCGUGGUACAGAGAUGAAUACCUUCAAAGUCAGUGCCAUAAAAUAUCAAAGGAUGAAUAUUGUUCGUAUGCAGAAUAUCGAAAUUCAUCCUUAACACUUUCAGACUUAAAAAUACCAAAUCUCAGCAUGGAAGAAUGUGAAAAAAGAUGUGAUGAGAGCAAAGAUGGUUUCGUUUGCAGAAGUUAUACUAUAAUUCCUAAUUCAAGAAAUAGUCAACCUACAUGUUUUUUAAAUUCUGAAGAUACAAUAAGUGCAGGAGCUAGUGGCCUAGUUCCCAUGGCUGGUGCAGUUUAUAAAGAAAGAGAACCAUGUCUUGAUUUGAAAGUUAAAUGUAGCAAUUCGAGUUUAAUAGUGGAAUUGGAAACAUCAGAGCCAUUUCAUGGGCGAAUGUACGCCAGUGGAUUCAGUGACAGUUGUGGAAUUCAAGGAAAUGGAAAUAAUUUGACUAUACUUAAUUUGUCAAUACCAAAAGUAAAUGAACUUAUGUCUAGCAACAUGAAUUGUGGAAUCACUCCAGCGUUCUCCAUCAAUAAUGAAAACCUAACCCAUAUAAUGGUCUGGUCCACUAUUAUUGUACAAUUCAAUCCUAUUAUACAAAGACAAGGUGAUCAAGCUGUAAGAGUUGGAUGUUCAUUGGAUGAUGGUACAAUGCCGGAACCUAGAAAUAUUUCCGUUCAUUCUAGUUUCACAUUUCUAAACCCAGAUGCUGGAAUUCCGCCAAUAAUAUCAACGGUAGUAAAUACAUCAUCACAAGUGCCUACUGUGCACAUGAAAAUAUUGGAUGAAUUCUUCAAAGAAGCAAAAGUCACUAAAUUAGGACAAAAACUUAUUCUUAAAAUUCAACUUGAGCCUCUCAAUGGGACGUACGAUAUUAAAGCAGGUCAUUUAGUGUCAAGUAGUAAUCUCGGAGAUGCAUCUAUUCUUCUUCUCGAUGAAACAGGAUGCCCGAUUGAUUCAAAUGUAUUUCCUGCUCUUAUGAAAGAUCCAGCCGAUAAUCGAUCGUUAAUUGGAGAAUUCAAUGCAUUUAGAUUUCCAGAUAGUCAUGGAGUAAGAUUUACUGUUGUAGUCAAAUUCUGCUUAGAGAAAUGUGAACCGACCAUAUGUAAAAGCAGACAGAUUUCUUAUGGUAGAAAACGUCGUGAAAUCAACAGAAAUUCGACUGAUGCAAAUGUAUAUGAAAUAAAUAAAAAUUCUGAAUCCAGUGCUCUCGACGAACUUUCCUUGCAAUUUUUAAUUCUUGUUGAAGAUGACAAUAUUAAUCCAGAUUUUCUUCUAUCCGGUCUUCAUUCCAAACCUGACACUUGUCUGAAUAAUAACGGAAAUAUCUGCAUGAAUUCAGUAGUCGCUUUUAGUCUUAUCAUUUUGUGGCUCAUAAUUCAAAUAAUCUUAAUUGCUGGCUGUUUCAUUACAAUUACAAGAUAUCGAAAAGAAGCAAAACAGGCUGAAGAAGAUAGGGCUGAUAUUUUGGCAAGACACCUUUAUGGAAUUCAUGGUGGAAAUUUUGAAAUUUCACGAAGAGUUAGAUGGGCGGAUCAUAAUAGCUCAACAGUUAGUUAAAAUUUAUAAAUGCACACAAAAGUCAAACAAGAUGGAUUUUAAUUUACAAUUUUUUAUUUCUAGUUUUAUGAAAAAGAAGGAAUGUUUACAAAUUCUAAACAUAAAUAAAUUAAAUAGGCUUAAUUUUUAUUUUUAGUAUGUCAAAAACUAGCGCUAUAAAGUGGCCAAAAACAUUACCUCUUUUUACAUCACAAAGUC